UGCCUGUUCUGCUAUUUGUGCUAUUAAGCUGAAGAAUCACUCAGACAGGUUUUUCAUACUGUAACUCGUGGACAUGACAAAUGACAGAAGUUGGAGAAUCUAUCAUUGACAAAAGUUGACAAGAUGAUGAGAGAUCAAGACAACUGAAGGCACAACAGGAAAAUAACAAAGACACUGAAUUGCAUUCACUGAUUAAGGAGUUAAUUAACAAGAGCUGUAUAAUGGAACCCCAACGAUUAAAACUGACAGUUGUUCUUUUAGUUCUAGCUUGCUGUGAGACAUUAGUAGACAGUGACACACUAAGAGGAAGCCGGAUUCCCAAUGGUACCUACUCCUCGACAAGAAAUGAACAGGCUGGAAAUGGCAACGAAACAGCAGACAUUAUCAGCACCUUCCAGAUUGUGACCUUUAAAUGGGAGCAUGUCAUGGAACCUUACCUGGUGGCUUUGUGGAUUUUGGUGGCCUGGCUAUGCAAACUCGUAAUUGAACUGGACCACCGAGUGACACAAUAUAUCCCAGAAAGUGCUCUUCUGAUUACGUGUGGCUUCAUAUUUGGAGGCAUUAUAUGGGGAGCUGACAAAGCUCCUACGUUCUACCUGUUACCAAGGACCUUUUUCUUCUACAUCCUGCCACAAAUCAUCCUGGAGACAGGCUAUCACAUGCCCAACAAGCUGUUCUUCGGAAACAUGGGCGCCAUCCUCCUGUUUGCUGUUGUUGGUACCUGCUGGGCGGCUGGUACAAUUGGUUUGGCGCUGUGGGGUUGCUACCUGGGAGGAGCAAUGGGUGCUCUUGACAUUACUCUACUAGAUUUUCUUCUGUUUGGAAGUUUGCUUUCGGCAGUUGAUCCUGUUGCUGUAAUUGCUGUAUUUGAACAAGUACAUGUCAACGAAGUUCUUUAUAUCAUUGUCUUUGGGGAGUCUCUCCUUAACGAUGGUGUAACAGUGGUCCUUUAUAAUGUGUUUGACACUUUUGUAAAGAUGGGAGCUGAAAACAUCCAGGCUGCAGAUAUCAUCAAAGGCAUAGUGUCCUUCUUUGUUGUUGCCUGUGGUGGAACCAUAAUUGGAGUUUGCUUUGGAAUACUGAUCUCCUUACUGACGAGGAUCACCAAAAAUGUUCAGAUCAUCGAACCGGGUUAUGUCUUCAUCAUGGGAUACCUUGCCUACCUCACUGCAGAGAUGCUGUCUCUAUCUGCUAUCCUUUCGAUUACUUUUUAUGGCGUCUUCUGCCAAAAGUACGUCAUGGCUAACAUGGAUGAGAGUUCGGUCAACACUGUCCGAUAUGCUAUGAAAGCAUUUGCCAAUGGAUCUGAAACCAUCCUCUUCUUCUUUCUGGGAGUUUCUGCAAUAGAUACUCAUAUCUGGAAGUGGAAUACAGGUUUUAUCCUGCUCACGAUUUUGUUCAUGUUAGUUUUCAGGUAUAUAGGUGUCUUUGUCAUGACAUGGAUGUUAAACCAGUUCCGACUGAUUCCCUUAAGCAUCAUUGACCAAGUGGUCAUGGGCUACGGUGGUCUGCGGGGUGGGGUGGUAUAUGGCUUGGCGUUCCUUCUGGAUGACGCAAAGGUGAAGGAGAAGAAUCUUUUCAUCAGCACUACUCUCAUCGUCGUGUACUUCACUGUCAUGCUACAGGGAGUUCUGAUCAAACCGUUGGUGACCUGGCUGAGAGUGAAGAGGAGUCAGCCCAAAGAUCCUCUGCUAGUUGAAAAACUGCAAAGCAGGCUGUUUGACCACAUUCUUGUUGGAAUCGAAGAUAUUUCUGGACAGUUCGGCAAUAACUAUUUCAAGGAGAAAUGGACGCAGUUCGAUGAGAAAUGGCUGUGUUGGUUGCUGAUAAAACCUUCUGUACGAAAGUCAAGGGAUUAUCUCUUCAGUGUGUACCAUCACCUAAAUGUUCAGGAUGCUGUCAGCUAUGUCUCAGAGGGUGAACACCAAGGAUCACUGGCCUUCCUACGGUCUGAAAGCGAUGCAAAUGUAGACUUUAACAAGAACCUGAGUUCAAAGGUUUCAGAGAUUAUAUCUAAAAUGACACCUGAAGAUGCAUCGGUAUCUUCUUUUCUACGGGAUAACAUCAGUUCCGUGUGUCUGGACAUGCAAGCCUUGGACCUCUGGCAGAAGACUGGUCGUCAGAGAGAGGACAUGGACACCCAUCACAUUAUCCAGCAGCACCUCUACAAGUCCAGGAAGCAGCCCAGAAACAGGUUUAGCAGAAGCAACAGUGUUCCCAAUAAAGAUGAGAACGAAGUCCAAGAAAUCUUCCAGCGCACCAUGAAGCGACGUCUUGAGUCCUUUAAGUCUGCCAAAAUGGGGGUCGGCCAAAGCAAGAAAAUUCAAAAACAUCAAAGGAAGGAUCACAUGCAGAAAAUGAGAACACCACCAGUGGAGAGUCCUAACCUCUCGUUUUCUUUUCAAGAAGAAGAUUUUGAUUUCCCCAAUGUGGAUGUUACUCAGCAGCCUGGAGGUGGCAUUCACUUCUUAGCAUCUGGAACCCUGCGGACUGUUCAGGAAGAAAAUGAAUCUGGGGGAAUUGAAAACCCAGCGUUCAUUCCUGAUGAAGAUCAGCUUACUUCCCUGAGGCCUCCACCCUGGGUGCCCAGAGAAGACACCGUGGUGCCCUCACAGAGUGCACGUCUUCACCUUCCCUGGUCUCCCAAUACCUUCAGUCGCCUCACCCCCCUGAGGCUCAGUGCAAGAUCCACAGACUCCUUCCAGAUGGCGGAUGCUCCCACUAACAGUGAGCAUCCUCAUUCGUUCCUGCCCAAUGGGAAAAAACAUUAACUAUUGCAAAUCUUUCUGCUCCUUUUCAAAUCACAGAAAACUAAAUCUGAGUAUCACUAUAUCAAUGUCAUGGAAAUAAAUGUACAGGGACCACUGAUAUUUAUUUUUGAUUUUUCAAGCUGUGUUAAUAUAACCUUUAUGUAAUUUACCAUUUAUCACAGUAUUUGGUAAGGGAGAAAUAAACACAAACAGUUUAAUUUAUUUUGGUAACUCUUAAAUUGAUAUCCUGAAAGGUUAAUGAAAGGUUAAUGUGACAAUUUUCACAGGUAGUACUUACUUUUUUAAUCAACAAAUACUCCAGAUUUUAUGUACUAUGCAUUCUGCUUCAUAACAUUUAUAUUAUUAAUGGAGUUGUUAAAACAGAAGUUCAGGAGGAGGUCAAAUUAAAAUCUCAUUCUUCCGCUCUCCUACUGUAUGUACUGUAUAAACACUAGCUGGGUAACCAUGACCUCCUAGCACUCCUCAUUCCACCCCCUCUGCACUAGUGUAGCUUCCUCCCCAGUUCAUUCCUGUUGUCACAGCAGUUCUUCUGCCAGAGCUAUCAUUACCUGAGCCAAUUAUUUUACAUUAUUUUAUUGUGGUACAUGUAGUUUUAUAUAAUAUUUGUUUUGUUAGGAAAAUAUUUCAUUUUCAGAUACUGAAUGCAGCCCUCUUCUCCUAAAACUGUAUAUAUCUUGCUUUUCUUGUAUUAUCAGCAACAUAUCAGAUGCAAUAUGUAGAGCUGCUAAAAUGAAGGGCUUUAAUAAGACAUAUGCAUCUAAGAACAUCUCUUAAAGGGAUUUUAGAGACUGAUUUUUCUUCUCCUAAACGACUCUAUUUUAGGGUUAAAUGACUUGAUAUUUGAAAUAUUUAGAUCUAUCAAGGUCAGACGACUUGUCCUGUGAAAUGUUCAACUAGUAAACUAUUAUAAUUGAUGCACAUAUUCGUGUUUUAUAUAUUUUGUUAUUUUGUUGUAAUAAAGUUCUUAUGGCUACACCAGA